AUGCCCUUUUGGCUUCAUCCGACGGUCCACAUCAAAAAGGGAAACAAGGCUCCUCCAUCCUCAAAUACCGUUCAUCAUCCCAUCACUCAUCGGAACAUUUCAGAGAGAGAGAGAGUUGAGGUGAAUACGAUGUCGUUUUGUUCCUCUUUAUCAUCUCCUCAAUCCAUCUCUCUUUUCUCCAAGCCUUUCCAUGGUGAUAAACCUGUGAGCGUCUCUCUUAGCUCUCGCAUCAGAGCUUCUGCUGACGUUCCUGAUUUUCUCUCCGCAGAUUGGCUUGAAUCUCGCAGGAAAAGACCGUUUGGUCCCAGGCUGAAUUUUAGUGCAGAAGAAGCUGUUCAGUACCAGCUUGAUGCAUUGAAGUAUAAUGACCAACCUCGUCAAGAUUAUGGGAUUGAGGUUAUGUACAGGUUUGCUGGAUUUGAUCCCUUUGAAAGGUCUACCUACUUUGGGCCCUUCUUUGAUUUGGGGCAGUUUGAACGGUUCCGACGGAUUUUCCACCAUUCAUCCUAUCGAGUGUUGCUUUGUCAUAGGGAAAGAAAGAUCUUGAGCAGUUUGUGGGUGAAGGAGAACCGAUUCAAGCAGCGGGUUUGGAUUCGAGGAACUCGUCCAGAGGAAGAAGAAAUAUUUCAAUUUACCAUGUUUCAGAGGGUUGGUGGUUCAUGGGAUGGUUAUUGGUUGACAGAGAGUUUACUUCACGAUGGGGAUAGUUUUUCUGGUGGUGUGGCUUAUUGAGCAGCCAAUUCACAUACAAAGAUGAUGGACUUCUGCAAAUUAGCAGCAUCAUCUUGUUGAGGGUGACAACAGGUUAUGUACAUAUGUAUUAGAAUUUCAAUUUGAUGUCAUAUUUAUCAAAAUAAGCUGGUUCACCUUUGUAAAUUGGAAUUUGUAUAUUCAAUUCUAUACCUUGUGGUCUAGGAGCAGCAGAUUUGUCUGCUCCCGGUACGCCACUAGAACCAUUGAAAUUUUUUCUGUAAUGUAGUCUUUUUGUUUUCUUUUCUUCUU